CAAUUUUCCCCCCCUUCAGAUGAAAGCAUUUCAAGUUGAUGUCCAAACUGGGUGAAAUUGACGCAGUCUGAGUUUCAUUUCAGCCCAUAGGGCUCUGGACAGCAUCUUACAGAGGAUGCUGCAAUUAGCAGUGGAGAUAAAGGAGAAUGCUCUCUUGUCUUCCAGGAGCCAGGGGAAAAUGGGAAAAGGCUUCACUCUUCAGUUUUAUUAGUUAAUUAUUAGCCAGAGGCUGAUACCAAAGAUGGAACCUCCUGAGCGUAUGAGCACUUGGAAAGAAGCUCCGCAUGCUCUCCAGCUGCUGGAAUGGGUGACUGUGUUCUUAAGCACUUUGACUCCAAAAUUCUACGUUGCACUUACAGGGACUUCAUCUCUUAUAUCUGGACUGAUAUUUAUAUUCGAAUGGUGGUACUUCCAAAAAUAUGGCACCUCUUUCAUUGAGCAGGUGUCUGUGAGCCAUUUGAGGCCACUCAUUGGAGGAGUAGAGAAUAGUCCUUCGGUGCCAGGUUUUUCAGCCAACAACGGAGAAAACGAGACAAACAGGCAGAGUUUGUCAGAGUGCAAAGUAUGGAGAAACCCUCUUAAUCUUUUCAGAGGAGCAGAAUAUAGCAGGUACACGUGGGUGACUGGGAAGGAACCGCUUACAUACUACGACAUGAAUUUGUCUGCUCAGGAUCAUCAGACCUUUUUCACGUGUGACACAGACUUUCUUCGGCCUUCAGAUACAGUUAUGCAGAAGGCAUGGCGAGAGAGAAACCCUCAAGCCCGAAUCAAAGCAGCAUAUCAAGCUUUAGAAUUAAAUAAUGAUUGUGCCACUGCCUAUGUUCUCCUAGCUGAGGAAGAAGCAACAACUAUUAUAGAUGCUGAGAAGUAUUUUAAGCAGGCACUAAAAGCAGGCGAAACAGUUUACAGAAAAUCUCAGCACUGCCAUCCCCAAAACUCCCAACAUGAAGCGCAGCUUAGAAGAGACACCAAUGUAUUGGUUUACGUGAAAAGGAGACUAGCCAUGUGUGCAAGAAAACUUGGAAGAAUAAAAGAAGCAGUAAAAAUUAUGAGAGAUUUAAUGAAAGAGUUUCCACUUCUUAGUAUGUUGAAUAUUCACGAAAACCUUCUGGAGGCGCUGCUGGAAUUACAGGCGUAUGCUGAUGUCCAGGCAGUUUUAGCGAAGUAUGAUGAUAUCAGUCUUCCAAAAUCAGCAGCAAUAUGUUACACAGCAGCACUGUUGAAGGCCAGAGCUGUUUCAGACAGGUUCUCUCCAGAAACAGCCUCCAGAAGAGGACUCAGCACAGCAGAAAUUAAUGCUGUGGAAGCAAUUCACAGAGCUGUGGAAUUUAACCCUCAUGUCCCAAAGUACUUACUAGAAAUGAAAAGCUUAAUUCUACCUCCAGAGCAUAUUCUGAAACGAGGGGACAGUGAGGCAGUAGCAUAUGCUUUCUUCCAUCUUCAGCAUUGGAAGCGGAUAGAAGGGGCCCUUAACCUGCUGCACUGUACAUGGGAGGGCACAUUUAGAAUGAUCCCGUAUCCGUUAGAGAAGGGCCAUCUUUUCUAUCCCUAUCCUAGUUGCACAGAGACAGCAGACAGAGAGCUAUUGCCAACGUUUCACGAUGUCUCCGUUUACCCACAGAAGGAGCUUCCUUUCUUCAUCCACUUCACAGCAGGGUUGUGUUCCUUUUCGGCAAUGCUUGCCGUUCUCACACACCAAUUCCCUGAACUCAUGGUCAUUUUUGCUAAAGCUUUCUUUGGGAUGCUUCUUUCACCCUUCAGUUUCAUUAUGGAAAAGAUUAAGCGCUUCAUGCCAUCCAGUCUCUGGCAUCAGCUGACCCAAAUUUGACAGGAAUGUGUUUUGCACAGUAAUGAGUCCCGAUGUUCUCAGGAACCUUAUCACCAGCUCCCGUUGGGCAAUGGAGCACUUACCUGGCAGCUAGAGGAGCGAAAGGAAGAUAAGCUGCAUUACUUAAACUGUUGUCUUCCAUCUUGUUAAUGGUGCUUAAAGUAACCAAAUCCCUU